GUUUCAUUUCAGUGUCUGUCGGGUUUCGGACUCACACACACGAGCGCUUGAUUCUGGAUUCAUCUUUGAGGUCUCGUGCAUCACCUCAUGAACAGAUCAUGAAGUAGUUUGAUGAUUCAUUGAGCAGAUCUUAUAGGCUUUUAAAGGAUGUUUUUGGUAACUGUGUUAUCAGCUUUAGUUCUGAUUGGAUCGGCGCAAUACUCCAGUGACCAGUGCAACUGGACGGGAAGCGGUCUGACGCACGAGUCUCACACCCGGGACGUGGAGCAGGUUUACCUGCGCUGUGCCGAAGGCUCUCUGGAGUGGCUCUAUCCCACAGGUGCCAUCAUCGUUAACCUUCGACCCAACCUGCAGACAUCUGCGGGACAUGGCGAGCGCCUGCACGCAUGCAUCAAACCUCACGUUGACUCGCAGGGAGCCGCGCUGUACGUGGAGCGGGCCGGAGAGCUGAGACCACUGCUGUCAGAGGCGGAGCAGGCCGCCGGUCACGUGCGCUGCUUCAGUCUCCAGGAGGGGGCGCUGUUUGUGGAGGCGACCGCACAGCGGGACAUCAGCAAGAGAAUCACGGCGUUUCAGUAUCAGUUGAUUUCGACACAGAUGACGGGAAAUGAGCUCUACUCGCCCACAGCUUCAUGUAAACGCUGCAGUGAUGAAGAGGUGCUCAUGGACUUGUGUACCAGUGACUUCGCGGUGCGUGGCAGUAUUCAGAGGAUCGAGGAGGAGGAUGAAGAUCAGAUCACAGCUGUGGUGUCAUUGAGUGACAUGUAUCGUCAGAAGAGUCGCGUGUUCGUGUCCGGCGGUGGGGGGCGCGGCCGCGGCCGGUGGACGGGUCGCGUAAAGAUCCCGCAGCGGUGCGGCCCUCGGGCGGGACAGGGCGAGUUUCUUCUGACGGGAGCUGUGAGGUUUGGAGAAGCUUGGGUGGGAUGUUCUCCUCAUUACGAAGACUUUCUCAAACUCUACCGCUCGGCUCUGGAGUCGGGGACAAACCCGUGCCAUAUAGACAUGGAUUGAAACAAACCGACUCGUGCGGACGAUCACAUCAUCUUACGCUAGAAAUCUUAAUGGUCCUUAAAGUACUUCAUUUACAUGAAGUAAAAUAUAAAGUCUUAUUUAUUUCUUUAAAUAUUGGAGUGAUGUUUGAUUCAGAAAUGUUGUUGCCAGGUUUCGAGAGGUCGGUGAUUCUGUCCAUCUGUGAUUCUAGAGCAACAGAAGUUUUUGUUUUGUUUGUUUCCGUUGCCUGAUUUCUUGCAUAUGAAACUAAUAUUAAGAGAGUGUGUUGUAACACUUGUGAAUCAGAGUUUAUGAAUCUGUUCUCUUGCCGAGAAAAGAGCUUUGGUGCUUUUGUUGAAAGCUUUGUUUAUAGUCCGAGCGGUCGAUUCUCCAGACCGGGUUCUUGUGUGUUUAUGUGUGUUGGAUGCUCAAAUGUGCGUUCUGUGUAUAGUUUUCAUGAGUUGCCUUUUCUGCUCCAUUACUUAAUUAAAGCAAACCGUGGAUGAUUCAUAA